AUGGUGAGCAAGACGGACGACACCCUGGCUACAGCGCCCGGCUGCAGUCCGGCUGAUGUUGCGGAGGAAGCCGGGGAUGGAGCGCAGGACGUCCACGAGAGCAGCAGGACUCAUUUGAAGGAGUCGUGCAGUUGUGGUGAGCAUGAACACACAGUCAUGGUGAAUGGCGGCGGGGCACAUGAGCACACAGAUGAGUUGGACUCAAAGAGGGACGGGCAAAGUGAAGGGAAUGGAGGAGACGAGUCUAACGAGCAGGAGGUGAUCGUCAUCCAGGACACGGGCUUCACUGUCAAGAUCCAGGCGCCCGCUGCUGAGCCCUUUGACCUCCAGGUGUCACCUCAGGAGAUGGUACAGGAAAUCCAUCAGGUGUUGAUCGACAGAGAGGACACCUGCCACCGCACUUGUUUCUCACUCCAGCUGGACGGGAACGUUUUGGCCAACUUCUCUGAGCUGAAGUCAAUUGAAGGCCUACAGGAAGGUUCGCUCCUCAAAGUGGUGGAAGAGCCAUACACUGUGCGUGAAGCCCGGAUCCAUGUGCGCCAUAUAAGAGACCUAUUAAAGAGUCUAGAUCCGUCAGACGCCUACAAUGGGGUGGACUGCAACUCUCUCUCCUUCCUCAGUAUUUUUACAGAUGGAGACCUUGGAGAUAGUGGUAAGAGGAAGAAAAAGGGCAGUGAACUGGAGCAGAUUGACUGUACCCCACCAGAGCAUAUUCUCCCUGGCAGUAAAGACCGGCCACUGGUACCCCUUCAGCCACAGAAUAAAGAUUGGAAGCCUAUGCAGUGCCUGAAAGUCCUGACAAUGAGUGGCUGGAAUCCUCCCCCCGGAAAUAGGAAGAUGCACGGCGAUCUCAUGUACCUGUACAUCGUGACAGUAGAAGAGCGCCACGUCAGUGUCACUGCCUCAACACGUGGCUUCUACCUCAACCAGUCAACUACCUACACCUUCAACCCUAAACCAGCCAACCCUAGUUUCUUGAGCCAUUCUCUGGUGGAAUUGCUGAGCCAGAUCAGCCCUGCCUUUAAGAAGAACUUCACUGCCCUGCAAAAGAAAAGGGUCCAGAGACAUCCAUUUGAGCGAAUAGCCACGCCUUUCCAGGUGUACAGCUGGACGUCACCUCAGGUUGACCACGCCAUGGAUUGCGUUCGAGCCGAGGAUGCCUACACCUCCCGCUUGGGUUAUGAGGAACACAUUCCAGGGCAGACUAGAGAUUGGAAUGAGGAGCUUCAGACAACAAGAGAGCUUCCUCGGAAGAACCUGCCGGAGCGCUUGCUGAGGGAGCGAGCUAUUUUCAAGGUCCAUAGUGACUUUGCAGCAGCGGCCACACGUGGAGCCAUGGCAGUCAUAGACGGAAAUGUAAUGGCCAUCAACCCUGGUGAUGAAACGCAUAUGCAGAUGUUCAUCUGGAACAACAUUUUCUUCAGCCCGGGCUUUGACGUGCGGGAUCAUUAUCGUGAACUGGGUGGGGAUGCUGCUGCCCAUGCUGCACCUACGAACGACUUGAAUGGUGUGAGAGCGUACGGGGCGGUGGAUGUGGAGGGACUCUACACACUUGGCACAGUGGUAGUAGACUACAGAGGCUACCGAGUCACUGCCCAGUCAAUAAUCCCGGGCAUACUGGAACGUGAGCAGGAGCAGAGUGUCAUCUAUGGCUCCAUCGACUUUGGAAAGACAGUUGUGUCUCAUAGCAAAUACCUGGAGCUUUUGGCGAAGACCAGCAGGCCCCUCAAAGUACAAAGGUACAACGUGCUCAAUGAGAAGAACGAAGCAGUGGAGCUUUGCUCGUCAGUCGAAUGUAAGGGCAUCAUUGGAAAUGAUGGCCGUCACUAUAUUCUGGACCUUCUUCGCACCUUUCCACCUGACCUCAACUUCCUUCCUGUGGAGGGAGAGGAGUUGGCUCCGGACUGUCAGCGCCAGGGUUUUCCCCGCCAGCAUCGCCAUCGCCUCGCCUGUCUUCGCCAAGAGCUCAUUGAGGCCUUUGUAGAGCACAGAUAUCUCCUCUUCAUGAAGAUGGCUGCCCUACAGCUUAUGCAACAGAAAGCCAACAAGGAAGCAAACAAAAAUGAAAAACUUCCCGCCAUCACUCAAACUUCAGAAACUGAAACCAAUUCUGAUGCAACCCAAGCCACCGAGUCAGAUUCCAGCACGCAAGCGACUGACGGAGAUGAAACUCCUUCAAAAGCAGCCACCAAUGGGCCUCUGGAGCCUACAGCCACACAGAAUGGGGAGUGCAAGAGCCCACUGGAGGGUAAGGACCUUGAGGAAAGUAUUCCAGGAUUAGCUCAGGCCAAAGAGCUGGCGGAGACCUUAGUUGCCGAAGAUGGAUCUGGUAUUGACCCCAAAAGCCGUGAGGUUGUUCUCAAUGCCUGCAAGGCUGUCGGCUCCAUCAGCAACACGUCUUUCGACAUCCGCUUCAACCCUGACAUUUUCUCUCCUGGGGUGCGUUUCCCUGAAGAUAGCGCUGACGACAUCCAGAAACAAAAGCAGUUACUCAAAGAUUCUGCUGCCUUCCUCGUUUCCUGCCAGAUACCGUCGUUGGUUAAAGACUGUUUGGACCAAAGUGCGCUGCCAAUGGAUGGAGCCACUCUGACAGAGGCGUUGCACCAGCGAGGCAUCAAUAUACGAUACUUGGGCACCGUACUAGAGUUUGUGGACAAGACCCCUGCCAAGGCCCAGUUGGAACACUUUUAUAGAAUAGGAAUCAUUGAAUUGAUCACCAGAUGUGCAAAACAUAUCUUCAAAACAUACCUCCAGGGUGUGGAGCUGUCUGCUCUCUCUGCUGCUGUAAGCCAUUUCCUCAACUGUUUCCUGAGCUCCUUCCCAGAUGCGGUCACUCACCUGCCGGCCGAUGAGCUUGUUUCGCGACGCAAAAGUCGUAAGCGGCGCAACAAGGUUCCUGGAAGUGGCGACAACACGGCGUGGGCCAGCCUGACGCCCAGCGAGUUGUGGAAGAACAUUGCCUCUGAGGCACAGAGCUACUAUCACUUCACCUUUCAAUGCGAAAACGUGGACCAUAUGGUGGAGAAAUACGGCCUUCAGAAAAUCACUUUGCUCAGAGAAAUAUCGGUCAAAACGGGCAUACAAAUUCUGAUAAAGGAGUAUAACUUUGACAGCCGCCACAAGCCUACCUUUACAGAGGAGGACAUUCUAAAUAUUUUCCCUGUGGUAAAACAUGUCAACCCCAAAGCCUCAGACGCCUUCCACUUCUUCCAGAGUGGCCAGGCCAAGGUGCAGCAAGGAUUUUUGAAGGAGGGGUGCGAGCUGAUCAAUGAGGCCCUCAACCUCUUCAACAAUGUGUAUGGAGCUAUGCAUGUGGAAAUCUGUGCCUGCCUGCGCCUUUUGGCUCGCCUUAAUUACAUCAUGGGGGACCAUGCUGAGGCACUCAGCAACCAGCAAAAGGCUGUUUUGAUGAGCGAAAGAGUUCUCGGCAUCGAGCACCCCAACACAAUUCAAGAAUAUAUGCAUUUGGCUUUGUACUGCUUUGCCAACGGACAGCUGUCCACGGCAUUGAAGCUGCUAUACCGAGCUCGAUAUCUUAUGCUGCUGGUGUGCGGUGAGGACCAUCCGGAGAUGGCACUACUAGACAGCAACAUCGGGUUGGUAUUACACAGUGUGAUGGAGUAUGAUUUAUCUCUGAGAUUUCUGGAGAGUGCUUUAGCAAUCAACUCCAAGUACCAUGGACCCCGGUCACUUAAAGUAGCGCUCAGUCAUCAUCUUGUCGCAAGAGUUUACGAAAGCAAAGCGGAGUUCCGCUCAGCGCUACAGCAUGAAAAGGAAGGCUACACUAUUUACAAGAACCAGAUGGGCGAGGCUCACGAGAAAACCAAGGAAAGCUCAGAGUACCUGAAGUGCCUCACCCAACAGGCUGUUGCUCUGCAGAGAACAAUGAAUGAGAUUUACAAAAAUGGCUCCAGCGCCAGCAUCAUGCCCCUCAAGUUCACUGCUCCCAGCAUGGCCCACAUUCUGGAACAACUCAACAUCAUCAAUGGCAUUAUUUUUAUCCCUCUAAGCCAAAAAGAUCUGGAGAAUCUGAAAGCUGAGGUGCAACGGCGACAGCAGCUACAGGAACCAGAGAAGAACGAGCAGCUGGAGAAGGUUGAACUGCCCAGAGAAGAUAGCCCGCUGCAACUGGAGGACAAAAUUCCCGUUGAUUAA